AUGUCUCGAAUAGUGACAGCUUUCAAUAGAACAGUGGUGGAAUAUUUUCGAGAAACAAGUCUCAAUGGUUUCGGCCUGCUUUACUUUAUAAGAAAACGCAGAGUGCAGAGAAUCUUCUGGUUUUUGUUUAUUAGCGUUGGCGUAUGCUUUGCUGGCUUUAUAGUGUUUUUAAUAAUUCUGGAUUAUCUCACCUACUCAACUAUAGCAGAACUCUCGGAAUUAAAGGUUUUAGAAGAGGAAAUGAACUAUCCCGAGCUACAAGUAUGUAGUGGCUAUAGAUUUAGUCGCAGGAAAAUGCUCAGCUAUGCACAUGAUUUAGUUUAUUCUCAUAAUAACAAAUCACAGGAUUUUUGGCUGAAGGAAUUGUCGUUGCUCACGGGAUAUUUUGAUCCUUUAUCGGUGAAACCAGAUGAGGUGUUCCACAUAAAUUCCUUAUUGCAAAAAGAGAAUAUUAGUUCACUUAUAUUAGGUUUAACUCCUGCCUGUGAAUCUCUAAUACUUAAAUGUAAAAUUAAUCGUAUGGCUGUCAAGUGUUCAGAGUUAUUUAUACUAAAAGCCUAUAGUCAAGGAAAUUGUUGUGUUUUAAAUAAAGAUAAUCUCACAGGAGAACUCUCACUUUUUCUGGACUCCUCACAAGAAGAUGCAUAUCCUUUAAUGGAAAAUUUUCCAGGCUUUAGUUUACACGUUCCAAGUUGGCUGGGUAGACUUAGCGUUAACCCUGGUGAAAAAGCAGCUAUACAAAUAGAAGUUAUGGAGCUUCAGGGAAAUGCUCAAUUAAAAGAGUAUGCCAUAGAAGAGCGAGGUUGUUAUUUUCCCCAAGAGGGUGAAAGUAGGGAAAAGUGCCUGGAUGAGUGUAGAAUAAAAGCCACGCUAAUUAAUUGCCAGUGUGUGCCAUAUCCAUUUGAGUUAAGUAAGGAAAACUUUAAGCAUUGCACUUUGGAGAAUAUAACUUGUUUGCAGUCGGUAGAGGAGAACUGGUCACCAGCUCAGUGUCCCCAAUGUCUGCCGCUCUGCAAUCAAUUGUUCUAUAGAUUAAACAAACAAGUCCUGGGGUAUUUGCAUCCUUGGAGAAGCGAAUUGAAUUUCAAAUUUAAAACACCACAUCGACAGCUGUACACAACAAAUAUACUCAACCAUUGGUAUCAGAUGUUGUCAAACAUUGGAGGCGUUCUGGGCGUUUGUAUUGGCUGCUCUUUCAUCAGUGGCUUCGAGUUGAUCUACUUCAUGGUCUUUCGUUUAUGGUCAAACUAUCUUCGGCAGCCCGAGAUGUAA